UUCAGUUACCAAACGCCUGUGAUUUCUAAUAUUGUAGAUGUGUUGUAUAGUGACUACGGCAGUCUUUACAUUCACAAAAUACCAACAACUAGACAUCCAUUACUGUCCAAGCUUACGAAUAAACCCAAGAUUGACAUAGCUAAUAUAAAAGUGUCAAGACAGGUAUUCUUGGAUGAACCAGGUUUUAGAGGAAGGGCCGAAAAUGAUAAGCCGAGAGGUAUCAGACGUGCUCUUAGAAGAGAAGGACUGGCAAUAGAAAGACCUGCAAAACCAAGAACAUUUUCAGAAGUAUUACAUUCUCAGCUUCAUUAUGACUUCUUUAAAAGAUUUAUGAUGGGAGAGAAAACGCGUCAUCCUCUAGCAUUCUGGAAAAGUAUCGAGGAACUUCGAGAUAUGCCUGCUGGGCGGAGGCGAAAAAUUAGGAUCAGAAAUAUCUUAAGAAGAAACUUUAGCAAGAAAGCAAAACACGGUGCUUUUUUAGACUGUAAUGACGAUAUCAUGAAACAGAUCCCAUUCAUGAAAAAGGUUCCAAUAAGUGUUCUAGAAUGCGCCCAAGCUAGUGUCUACAGAUCUAUGGAAAUGAAGUGGUAUCCUAAGUAUUUAGAAACGUACCCCCCAGAUCCUGGCGAUGAGGUGCCGGAAAUCCAAGGCCUUGGUGCUGAAGACUUAGAGAGGAUAGAAGAAAAACCAAAAAAGAAAAAGAAACAAAAAACGCUUGUUUUGUGGCAGAGAUUUGUGUCAACUAUCAUGGGUUUCCUGAAGUCUAUAAGAGAAGAAGAUGAGAUCAAACUACUUCACUUAUUUUUGAAAAAGCAAAUUCAAAAGGCAUUGAUACGACAAUUGAAGCAAUAUCAAGCUCUGUUCAAAGAUGAAGCUGACAAAGCCAUAGUUAAUCCGUCUAAUGCCAAGUUUGAAGCUCGGAUUCUAUUGAAGAACAGACUUGUUAUUUUGGAUAAAUUGCCGAGUGAUUUGAGAUUUUUUGGUGAAGUUACAAAGUAUGUUGGACAGGUGGAUCAUAUCCAAUCACUUGAAAACAUAUCACAGGAGAGCAUGGACUUUUUAAAUGAUAAAGCUAGAGAAAUGGUCAACUGCUUUUUAAUUUCCGACAUACUUCCUCAAAACCAGCUUAAUAUUCCAGAAGAAUUAGCACAAACUAUAAUCUCAUCACUAGAAAAUGAAGGAGCAACAAGAGGACUUUUCCACGAUGCCUUUAUCUUGAUUUUUCCAGUACUUUAUCAUUAUUGGAGACAGUGUCAAAAGAAAUGGUUGAAACAUUAUACUGCAUCUGAGCUAAUAGGUUUAAUAGAAAAACAAAACAGAAUGCGGGAGAAACCAACAACCCCACACAAAUGUACUGAAGUUCCGGACUUCUUAAGAUUGAGAGAAUCACAGAUGAAGAUUGCAACCAAAUUCAUGCCAGGUGAUGAACAGUUUAUCAUUAAUUUCUCACUUCGUGGUGGCUGCAAGAAGUUUAUACCUGUACCUAAAGUCCCAGCACAGAAUGACAAAGACCGUAGAGCAAGUGUAAUGAGUAGACGUACUAGUAUGAUGGGAAGGCGAACUAGUCUAUUGGGAAGACGUACGAGUCUUUCUAUGAAACAGUCUUCUAAAAGUAUCCGUGGAAGUGAGACUAUAAUCAGUGAUACGUCUCCACCGAAAGAGAAAGAAAAAGAAAAAGAAAAAUCGGUAUCAAAAUCAAUAUCAAUGUUGAUGCAGAAAAUGCAUGCUUUAGCUGAGGAAGGUAGUCAAGGGUCCAAAUCACCAGGGAGUGAUAAGGCUAAUUUUGUAGAUGAAAUAAUUGAGAAAUCGGCAAAUACACCAAGUCGGUUAAGAAAAAUGAAUGAUCUUGUUUCAGCUGCUGUUCAAGAUAAAAUUGAUGGAACCAUUUUUGGUGAUGAUAAUGAAUAAAAAAAACUGCUGAAAGCUAUACGAAAUAUUCAGUGUUUCUUUCUUAAAUAUUUGCAAAAAAAAGGAGAAACAUAUCAAUGCCGCAUAUUACUCUUAAAGAUUUCAACGCCUUUUAAAACAUUGACUAUACUUAAAAUUCGCAUUAUAUAUA